AUGGAUUCCUCUAUCACCCCUCUACGACAUGGUGGACUUUCCCUCGUUCAAACAACAGAUUUCUUCUACCCCCUCGUUGAUGAUCCCUACAUGAUGGGGAAGAUCACAUGUGCCAAUGUGCUCAGUGAUCUGUAUGCCAUGGGUGUCACCGACUGCGACAACAUGUUGAUGCUGCUGACUUGCAGCAACAAGAUGACUGACAAGGAAAGGGAUGUCAUUGUGCCAAUUAUCAUGCGUGGUUUCAAGGAUGCUGCAGAAGAGGCUGGUACUCAGGUGACCGGUGGGCAGACCGUCAUAAACCCUUGGAUGACUAUUGGAGGUGUUGCUACAUCUGUCUGUCAGUCAAAUGAGUACAUCAUGCCAGAUAAUGCUGUGGUGGGAGAUGUGCUCGUUCUCACCAAACCCCUGGGCACCCAGGUGGCAGUGCACAGUUACCAGUGGCUGGACCAGCCUGAGAGGUGGAACCGUAUCAAAUUGGUGGUGUCAGAAGAUGAUGUCCGGAAAGCAUACCAGAGAGCAAUGUUCAGCAUGGCCCGCCUCAAUAGAAUAGCUGCCCGACUGAUGCACAAAUACAAUGCCCACGGUGCCACUGAUGUGACCGGCUUUGGGCUGUUGGGCCAUGCCAGCAACUUGGCCAAGAUCCAGAAGAAUGAAGUAGGGUUUGUCAUCCACAAUUUACCCAUCAUCGCCAAAAUGGCUGCUAUCAGCAAAGCUUGUGGUAACCUGUUUGGGCUGUUACAGGGAACUUCUCCAGAAACAUCUGGUGGUUUACUAAUAGCUUUACCCAGAGAACAAGCAGCAGCUUUCUGCAAAGAUAUAGAGAAACAAGAAGGCUACCAGUCCUGGAUCAUUGGCAUUGUGGAGAAGGGAAGCAAAACAGCCCGUAUCAUUGAUAAACCUCGAGUUAUAGAGGUGCCUGCAAAAGACCGGGAAGGGGAACUGUGGUAG